AAACCCUUAGGGACCUGGUAUAGACGCGGAAUCUGUUUCACACAACAACUGCUAUUUGAAGGAAAAAAAAAAGAAGCAAAUGAUACCAAGACAAGCUCAUAACAGAGAUCCAAUCAGCAGAUGUGUACGGAUGAAAAUACAGCUUGAAGGCAGGUCUACUCCUCCUCCUGGAAGCCUUCCCUUGACCGAUUCCUCGCUGAGUUCACAGGUAUCAGUCAUUCCCAAGCCUUCAUUUUGGCCAGAUGAAAUGCCUCUUCCCAUGAAGUUUCACCUUGUUCUCUAGCCAAACAUAUUGCCCUCUCUUCUGUGGACUUUUCAUGCCAUUGCACCAGCACAUUCUCAUGUUCCAGAGCAUGCUGGCCUUGUAUCACACUUAUUGAUGUCUGUGGACAUUCCUCUACCUACAAUUGAGAUGAGUCAGAAAACGGCCAAGGAGGGUCCCAGACUCUCCAAAAACCAGAAGUACUCCGAGCACUUCAGCAUACACUGCUGCCCGCCGUUCACCUUCCUCAAUUCCAAGAAGGAGAUAGUGGAUCGGAAAUACAGCAUCUGUAAGAGCGGCUGCUUCUACCAGAAGAAAGAGGAGGACUGGAUCUGCUGCGCCUGCCAAAAGACCAGAACCAGGCGCCGUGCCACGUCCCCUCAGAAGCCCAAGAAACAGCCAGCUGCGCCCCCCGCGGUGGUCAGAGCGCCAGCCAAGCCACGGUCCCCUCCGAGGCCUGAGCGUCAGCCACGGUCCCCUCCGAGGUCUGAGCGUCAGCCACGGUCCCCUCCGAGGUCUGAGCGUCAGCCACGCCCCCGCCCAGAGGUCCGACCACCGCCAGCCAAGCAGCGUCCCCCUCAGAAGUCCAAGCAACAGCAGCGCAGCAGCCCCGUCAGAGGGCCAGGCGCCAGUCGUGGGGGGUCCCCCGUCAAAGCUUCUAGGUUCUGGUAACACCAUCUCUUCCCUUUUGUUCCCCAGCCCUAAGGUUAGUAGCUGCUUCCUGUGUUUACUAACACCGGGCUGUCUCCACGGCCCUUUUCAGCCUUAUUAUCCAACCUGUGUAAUCAACUCCCUCCAUUAAAUCCCCUCUGGUUGAAA